CGCUGCGCCGGGGCCGGCGGUGCGCGGGAGAGGCGCGCAGGACUGUGGCGUCCUUUCCCUGGUUGUCCUGCGGGCGAGGCACCUGGAGGGGCAGCGGCGGCGCCCGGAGCGCUGGGAGAUUUUGGCCUGAAGGAUUAAUUCUUUGCAUCUCUGUAAAGAGAUUUGGGAAGAGAUGCAUACACCUCUGGAUCUUGAGCAAAGAAGAUAAAUGGUGUCACAGUUGGCAAAAAAACCCAGUUUCUUUACUCCAAGUGGGUCCUGCAAGACUGCUGAUUUAGAGCUCUGGAGAGUGGAUGAUUGUCCUGUCCCAGGGACUUGAUGUCUUUUGAGGAGGCUUUCAAGAGGAAGAGCUACUAGAUUGCUCUAAUUAAUACGAGCUUCUCUGGGAAAAAAAGCAGAGCCUGGAGGACCUGUGAUAGGGAGCAACUCUUUUCAGAUACCUGCAUUAAAUCUCAGACGUGGUUUUCUGCCAGCUACUGCAGAAGAGAAGAUUAGCAGACAUGUCCAUUGCACUGAAGCAAGUCUUUAAUAAAGAUAAGACUUUCCGUCCAAAACGCAAGUUUGAGCCUGGAACCCAGAGGUUUGAACUUCACAAACGAGCUCAGGCAUCUCUCUACUCAGGCCUGGACUUGAAAGCAGCUGUGCAGUUGCCCAGUGGAGAAGACCAAAAUGACUGGGUGGCUGUUCAUGUGGUUGACUUCUUCAAUAGGAUCAACCUCAUUUAUGGAACUAUCUGUGAGUUCUGCACGGAGAGGACCUGCCCAGUGAUGUCGGGAGGCCCUAAGUACGAGUACCGCUGGCAGGAUGACCUGAAAUACAAGAAGCCCACAGCAUUGCCAGCACCCCAGUAUAUGAAUCUUCUCAUGGACUGGAUCGAGGUGCAAAUCAACAAUGAGGACAUAUUUCCUACGAGAGUAGGUGUUCCUUUUCCAAAGAACUUCCUUCAGAUCUGCAAGAAGAUACUCUGUCGGCUUUUUCGUGUAUUUGUUCAUGUCUACAUCCAUCACUUUGACCGCAUCAUCCUCAUGGGGGCUGAGGCCCACAUCAAUACCUGUUACAAGCAUUUUUAUUACUUUGUGACAGAGCUCAACCUCAUAGACCGCAAAGAACUAGAGCCUUUGAAAGAGAUGACAGCCAGGAUGUGUCACUAAAAACUGCCCACUGAAGAAAAGUCCAAUUUCCUUCCUACUGCAGAGUUCAAGAAUGUGACAGCCCUCAUGCACUGAGCCUGCUUGUUAAUCCCUGGAAGUUGGGCACAGUUAUUUGCUUCCUUCCACUGUCAGUGUUCUUAACCCUGAAGAUGCUGCUAAGAACCUCAUCUGAACAACAUGGAUUAUUGAGAAAAAGAAAAAUCGUAUUAGUUCUAGCUCCUGUAUUAGGGAUAAGAACCUCUUCAACCACAAACAAUGGCAGUACUCCUGCUGCUAAAGCUUUAUUGAAAUUCAGGUCCCUGGGCCGACCUCCAGAUUAGUUGUUUGGAAAUGAAACUGUAUUGUUAGCUGCAAUCUUACUUUCUUUUUCCAUUGUUUCUUGGUAUAUGCUUGCUUUUCUAGCUGCAGCAGACUAUUAAGAUGUUCUGGAAUUGAAAAAGACUUAGCCUUUAAUGCCCCCCACCCUGCACCAGGCCACCCAGGGCUUGGCCCCCAUUCCCAAAUGCCAAUGAGCCUUGUGUUUCCAGGAAGACAGCCAUGUCCCUCAGCUGAUCAGUCAGUUUCUGUUUCAUUGUGACUUGUAAUUGAAUGACAAUGGGAGAGUUUUCGAUCUCAAUUACAUGAGCAGGAAUCCAGAUGUAGCUAUGCAGUG